AUGGCUCCUGAUAUGGACGUAUAUCGUAAGACUGGUAGAGGAGGAGCGGGCAAUUACCAUCAGGGCAAGGCCGAAGAUGCUUCCAAAGAUCUCGAAGCCCAGAACCUAGCCACCGACGAGGUUCCUCCCCCAGACCGUCUAACAGCCAACGUCCCCGCGAGAGCCGGGCGCGGCGGCUCUGGCAAUUACGUCAACCCAGAGGAUCUGCCAGAUGCGCAGGAGCAGGACGAAAUGGCCCGGAAGACGGCUGCAGCUGUGAACGCGAGCCUCAAGAAGAACCAGGCUGUCCGUGGAGGGCUGGGCGGUCGCGGAGGGGCGGGGAACUGGAAGCAUGCCGUUUCUUUCGAAGAGGAGGAGAGGAUGCGUGAAGAAGAGAGGAGCAGGGAGGAGGAGCUGCAGAAGAGGGUGAAGGAUUCGGUUGAUCAAGGGCUGAAGAUGCCUGAGAAGGUGCACCACGGGCAUAAACUUGAAAAGCGCGGUGAUUAA